GACAAUGACACAGAGAUUAGUAAUCGUUUAACCCUCUCAGUCUUUCUCGUGGUUCAGCCAAAUGGAGAGAGAUGCGGUACUCUUCCCAGCGGCCACAACUUCCACAGGAGUCUGACACAAUCACAUUAGUUGAGAGGUGGUGGGGGAGAGAGAGAGGGAGAGUGAGAGGGAGAGACAAAGGCUUGGGCAGGCAGACCUAAGGUAAAGGUACAGUCGACAGGGUUUACAGUCUUGGACGGCAGAGGAUGUGAUGUCAUACAGCAAACAAAUUCUGACCCAAGAGCUCUGGAAAAAAAGCAGGGAGCAAAGACGAAACAAAUCACUCCACCUGCUCUCGCAGACACGCCUUCUAUUCAGACCUCACCUUAGUAACUGUCACACAAUACAGUCAACCGUCACACCUGACUUUGGACCUUACCACUUCAAAUCCAGGGUGGACUAUGAACUGUGGAGAUAUUGUACUGUGUCUAAAGUGCACACGAACUGUAACCCUCAUUUCUUGAAAAGAUUUCUUUAAGGAUCAAGAAUAAAGCUCUCCAUGAUGUGUUGGCACUGAUAAAACAGUCUCAAUCUCAUAUACUCAACUUCUAGAAGUACGGCACUUCUUCUUUUGACUAAACUCAUCAGAAUGCCACUAAGGACAACAUUUGAAGGCAAGCCUCCGUCAGGAAGAUGGCCAAGGAGAUCAUCAAAGCGGAAGGUUCUUUCCGUCAAUAUGAUCAGCCUUCCACUGGCAGACUUCCGGCACCUCGCUCACAUUGGCUCAGAUGCACAAACCGACAACUUUGGAGACCUCUCCUUCCUGAAAAAGGGCCACAGUCUGCUCCUGCAGAGCUCUCAAAGUGAGCAGAACCUCUUCCUGGCCUGCGCACCCCCUCCAAAGCCACCCCGCCUCAACCUGGACGAAGUGGAUACAGGCCACGGCCACAGCAAUGCUAACUCGCAACGCCAGCCUUCAGUUCAGAGACGGAAAAAAUGCAGCUCACUGCCACUUUUGGACACUGAAGAGGUUGAGGAAGAAGCAUACGAACUUGAUGCCGAAAAGGCACCCAUCAGCCAGAGCCCUGGCCGAGGGAGCCUAAGCUCUGGUAGAGAUUCUACCCAAACCAGCCCAGAGGAAACACAGGCAGACAACACUGACACAAGUUUUUCUUUCGACCUGGACCUGGGACCCUCUAUUCUGGAUGAUGUACUGCAGGUUAUGGACAAACUCAACCAGUAAAGGAGAAACUAUGGAUAUAUGCAGUUAACAGGUGACAUGAUGUUUGGACACAAAUGGAGUACAAAUGCUUGGCCCAUUGAAGGCCUCUUUAGUUUUGUUUUAAAACCCUGCAAGAAGAGUGUCAAAUGCUAGGUAUUUUCUAGGAUGUAGACAUCUGCUUGGACAUGGAUACAAUCUUUUCUCUGUUGCGCAACAAGUAUUUGACUUCUACCUGGAUAUAAAGGCAUAAGCAAUAGUUUGGAACUCCUUCAAGAUUUAAAGCUGGAUUCCUGCUUAAAUCCUGAACUUUGUUCUGCAGUUCAUAUGGACUAUGCGAAAGCAGUGGCACUUAAAGAUGCUGAAGACAAACCUUUGAGGAGGCUAACAGGACAUUUCCGCAUAUAACCUUUGUUCCAAAACCUAGUUAAUAAUUAAGCAGAUUAGCGGUUAUUCCAUUAUUUUAAAAGCAAGGCAGACUUCCUUGUUCAGUCAUUGUGAAGAAGGCAUGGGUUCCACAGGCAUAACAUUUUCUCAUAGGACAACAGUUUCCAUUUGCUGGACUUUUUUUUUGCUGUAGUACACCCUAUUGACAAGAAAGUAACUUAUCUGGAACUGUUAGAUUAGGAUGAAUCUCUGAUUUUUUUUUAGAGACCUGCAGAAAGAAAGUGUAUAUGCUGUUAUGGAAUAUGGAAUUCAUGUGUGAUCUUACCUGAGAUUAACAAUUCUAGGGACUAUAAUGUAGGUACUCAAACUCAAAAUCCAAAACCAGUUCUCAAUAUUGUAAUCACUGAAAGUUAAGUGUACACUAAUGUAAAUGUUAGGGCCACUUUAUCACACUUUAUUCCUAGCUAAAACGAGGGUUGAAAAUCUGUAGUAUUUGGGCUGUGAUCUCAAUACCUCUGGUCUAUAAAGUACAUAUAAGACUAUAUUGUGACUUAUAAACUACAGUUUUAUAAGAUUUCAUUCAUUUGUGUUAAAUAAUAAAUAUGGUUCAUAACAUACAGCCUGACAAGAGCUGCACUAUACGGACAUGAAAUGUGAUAUUAAGCUGUUAGAUAUCAUGGUGAUGGUAUGAGAAGUGAUAAACUAUUAUUAAAAUAGUUUAUCUCUGUGAACUCUGACUGGAUGUGCUGCAAAGUACAGACUUUUUGUGUAAACCUAGAAAUCUAAUUAGCCUCUCCUUUAAGUAAAUUAUAAAAAUACAAAAUUAUAAAUACAUUAUUCACUGCUGUGCAAAAUAAUGAAGUACUAACAGCUACUUGUAUCUGAAACAACACAGCAUUGCUGACUCAAAGAAUUUCUUUUGUGAAGAAUCAAAACUAUUUGAGUGUUGAUGCUGCCCCUUGUGGAGAAUCUGUAGCCUGCAAAAUGUGAGUGACUUCUUUGGCAAGCUUCAAUAUAAAUUUUUUUUUUUCCUAUAAAAAACAUUUUUAUUUUCAAUAAAGGCUUAC